AUGCAUCGGAGUCAAAGCUACUCCUACCCGCAAGCCACCAUGGCCGGCCAUUCCAGAUAUGCCUCCACCCAUGCCAGCAGCUCUGCCUUCAGCGCAUCUGCAAACCCGAAUGAGGACUGGACCAAGAUCUCAGACCUGGCUGAGAGACGACGCAUCCAAAACCGGAUUGCUCAGCGAAACUAUCGUAAGAAGCUCAAGAGAAGACUCGAGGACUUGGAGCGCCGCGCCGGGUCGUCGUCUGCCUCGCCGGAACAACAGCACUCGGAACUGGCUACCACUCCGGCCAAAGAGACUUCCCAGAAACAAACUCAAUCCAUGGCCCGCCAGCCAUCGAGAUCAAGUGUAUCACACGAGAUCCCGAGAGCCUCGCCAGAGAUUUUACCUUUGGACGACCACUCGUCACUCUUUGACACUCCGGCUGGCCGCCAUCUUUCGAUUCAUUCGCAACCGGCAUUUACCUUCUCGUCAUACCCUCCGACCACAGCAUAUCUUCACUAUGAGCACCAACAACACCCCACGUAUGACAACAACACGGGCUAUUACUCGAGUUACCAAUACCCAGUAGACGUGUCCUCGUCGAGUCUGCCACCGACGUUACCCGCCAUGCUGCCCUCGGCGUACGGGAAGCAGGACCAUCUGUUCGGAGAUGACGACAUGUUAAGUCCAUUCAGCAUGAACUAUGCCUCGCUUGCCGGUCUGGAAAUGCCCUCAAAUCAAGCCUACUCAGGGGCCAAUUCACAUUCCUACCUGGAAAGCCGUGGCACGGCCGCCUGCUUUCGUGGAACUCUCGACUUCGCUGCUCUGGGCGGGGCUGGCUUUGCCUCUCAGCGAACUGUUGGCGACGAUCAACGCUGGGAACUGAGUUCCUUUGCAGGCCUUGAGGUCUCGAUCGAUCCCUUGCAGUCCGACGACAAGGUCUACACGCUGAUCCUCAAGGACGAGAUACUUCCUCCCAAGACAGCCAACCGCCGUGAACAGGCGACGAUAUCCUGGGAGUAUGAUUUCUCAACAUCCAAGGGCCGCCCCAGGAUCGACAGCCCUACCACCUCGUCUUGCCAGUCCAUCUUCAUCCCAUGGGACCACUUUAAACCCACAUACCGUGGCAAACGGGCCAGCACACCCAACGGUCUGGACUUGAGCAACAUCAAGAGGGUCAGCAUCAUGAUCAGGAGCUUCUUUGGAACUCAGAACGGGCAUUUCCACUUGCACGUUCUUUCCAUCGUCGCGGCCUCGACCGCCAAACCCGCAGAUACGCCGGCAAAUGUGGCGGGCCACGGCCAACAAGAACCCCCAAUUGCCACCGUUGUUGCUGCAUCUGGAAAUGGGACAAGAGAUAGACACUAA